GGAGAACCCAACUCCGAGGAUCCGCCGGUUCCAGGCGCACGCCAGCUUCGACUGCCUACCUGCUCAACGACCGUGUCUCUUGGUUUCUCGUGCAGCUUCGUGGGACCAGCCGCUCGAGUGCAUGAGGCACAAUCCCUUUUAUUGGGCUCUCUCGAAGAACUUGCGUUGAGCCAAUUCGGCUCCCAUCACGCCUGCCCUCCACCUGCCCACAAUCUUCAAUUCCGGCUUCGCUCGUCCUUGGCCCGCACCACGACGCCAUCGCACAUUUGACCGAGCACGCAUUCGCACCCACAUCAGCAGCCUGCCAACCAGCUCGAGAUCUCCCGGCCGACCUCAUCCGUCGAGACCUACCCCGGCCCGCGUCCAUCCCCCAACGCUCAGCGUAUCGUAUUUCAUCGACCCGUCCCGUCCCGCCGCCACGAUGCCGCAGCCGCUGCCGCCCAAGGAAGCGGCGCAGUUCCGGACCGUCAUCCGAAGCUAUGAAGACAAGCAGUAUAAGCGCGGCCUCAAGACCGCGGACCUUAUCCUCAAGAAGGUCCCCAAACAUGGCGACACCAUGGCCAUGAAAGCUCUCAUCUUCAGCGGUCAGGGCAAGACGGACGAGGCCUUUGCACUCGCCAAGGAGGCCCUGACGGUGGAUAUGAAGUCGCACGUCUGCUGGCACGUCUACGGCCUAUUAUACCGUGCUAACAAAAAUUUUGAGGAGGCCAUCAAGGCGUACAAGUUUGCCCUGAAGCUGGAGCCCGAGUCGCCCCAGAUCCAGCGCGAUCUCGCCAUCCUCCAGGUUCAGAUGCGUGACUACCAGGGGUACAUCCAGAGCCGCACAGCCAUGCUCCAGGCGCGUCCCCAGCUGCGGCAAAGCUGGACGGCCCUGGCCAUUGCGAACCAUCUCGCGGGCAAUCUUUCCGAGGCCGAGAAUGUUCUGACCACCUAUGAGGGCACACUAAAGACCACACCCUCGCGUCACGACAUUGAGCAUUCGGAGGCCAUCAUGUACAAGAACUCCCUGAUCGCCGAGCAACGCGACUAUCAACGCGCGCUGGACCACCUCAACGGUGAUGCCAAGCACAAUCUGGACCGGCUGGCCGUCCUUGAGGCCCGUGCAGAGUAUCUCAGCAAGCUUGGGAGGAAAGACGAGGCCGCCAAGGCCUACAGGGCUCUUCUCGACCGGAACGCGGAACACCCCGACUACUAUGAGAAGCUGGCUGCCGCGCUGGGUGUUCCAGAGGCAGACCACAAGGCACGGAAAGCUAUCUACGACGAAUACGUUCAGAAAGCGCCGCGCAGUGAUGCCGCCCGGCGCAUUCCGCUCGACUUCCUCCAGGGAGACGAUUUCAAGCAAGCUGCCGACGUCUAUCUUACGCUGAUGCUCAGCAAAGGCGUCCCCUCAACGUUUGCAAACCUGAAGCAUCUGUACUCCGAUUCCUUCAAAAAGAAUACUCUUCGAGAGCUGGCCGAGAAAUACCUGGCGUCUCAAUCGUCAGACUCGGCAAGCAAGGACAAGGGCGAGGCCGCUGGGCUGUACUAUCUUGCGCAGCACUACAACUACCACCUGAGCCGCGACUUGAGCAAAGCUACGGAGUACAUUGACAAGGCCAUUGAGAAGGAUCCGAAGAGCGUGGAUUUUCAUAUGACCAAGGCCAGGAUAUUGAAGCACCGCGGCAACCUGCAGCAGGCGUCAGAGAUGAUGGAUCGCGCUCGCAAACUGGACCUCAAGGACCGCUACAUCAAUAGCAAGGCCGCCAAGUACCAGCUGCGUAACAACGAGAACGACAAGGCGUUAAAGACCGUUGGCCUGUUCACGCGAGCGGAAACGGUGGGAGGUCCGCUUGCGGACCUUCUGGAUAUGCAGUGCAUUUGGUUUUUGACAGAAGACGGCGAGGCGUACGCCCGACAGGGCAACAUCGGCAUGGCCCUCAAGCGCCUGCACGCGGUUGGGAAUAUUUUUGAUGUCUGGCAGGAAGAUCAAUUUGACUUUCACAGCUUCUCACUGAGGAAGGGGCAGAUCCGAGCGUACAUCGACAUGAUGCGAUGGGAGGAUCACGUGCGAGACCAUCCCUUUUACUCGCGGGCGGCGCUGGACGCUAUCAACAUCUAUCUCAAGAUGGCCGACAAGCCAUCGGCGAACGGCAUGAAUGGGGCCGACGAUGACAACAGCGAAGAUGCGCUGGCCAGGAAGAAGGCGGCGAAGAAGGCGAAGAAGGAACAGCAGCGCUUGGAGCGGGAGGCGGCAGAGAAGCAGGCCAAGCAGGACCCCAACAAGUCCUCACAAACGGGCGAGCCUAAGAAGAAGGAUGAGGACCCGCUUGGCCUGAAGCUGGCCGCCACCACCGAUCCCCUUGGCGAAGCCAUGAAGUUCCUCGGCCCCCUGCUGCAGGCGUGCCCGAAGAGCAUCGAGGCGCAAAUUGCUGGUUUCGAGGUAUACAUGCGACGAGGGAAAUACGUGCUGGCACUGCGCUGCCUCAACAACGCUCUUGGUCUCGAUGCGACCCAUCCCAGGGUUUACGAGCAAGCAGUUGCCUUCCGGAGCUUGCUCAACUCUUCUCCCGAUCUGGCUCCCAAGGUCGCUCAGGUCCUCAAGGCGCAGUUCACGGCCGUGGGCGAGUCCACCAGCCUGAGCAAGUACAUUGAGCAGUUCGAGGCGGAGCACAAGGCGAGCCCUCGCCACGCGCUGUCGGCGAUUGCGGCCAGGCGGAGCAUUGGGGAGGACAAGCAUAAGUGUGACAAGCGCGUCGUGGACCUGCUUUCCAUGGAGGGCGUGUCCUCGUCGGACGCAGUCGAGAUGCUCGAGAGGCUCGAGAGCUGGAGGAGUCCGGCAGUGGCCAACUUCAAAAGCGCGGCACAGGCCAAGUGGCCCGGGGUGACACGACUGGCUUGAAGGGGGCAGCACGACGGGGCAUCGGACGGAUCGGCAUUGGUCGGAGCGGAUAAAAAAAGGAGGGUGACGGGCUGUUGGGGCGCACUCUUUGGGCGGCAUGGUCGUGGCGUCUUGAGUUGAAAAGCAUUUCCGAAGCGCUGUUGCGUCGUGGUCGAUGUAUAUGAAGCUCCGGGGGUGGCGCCGCCGGUAUAGCGCCUCGGAGCAUGUAAGUGCCUACCUAUGUUGCUUAGACGGGUGCCGCCCAGGCCUGAUUGGGGGGGAAUGAGAAACAUGUGUUGACGAGAGACGGGCACGUGCGGAUGAGUCUUGUAUUUGGGGUAUUUGCUGUGGCGACGCAAGGGGCGAGUUGACAAGCAUAUAUAUAGACAACCAAGGCAGUAGAUGGUAGACGAAUGUCGCCGAGUGUUUUGAACGGCAGGACUGGCUGCAUGUUGCUCCCGUGUGUGACGCGCGCGCGCGGGAUGUGGGCGAGGAUGACCGACGUGAGAGUUGGCCAAAGGAUUGCUCAGCCAAAGAGGCAGGCUGUCCAUGCUGGAAUGGGGCUGUGCGGAGGAAACACUCCCGUGAAGACGGCCAUGGGGAUGGCGGCAAUCACGGCUACCGUGUUUGUCCACCUCUGGGGACAACAGCCUCACGCACACUGUGCGAGCAGCGUGGCGGGUGCAGACAAAUGAAGACUGCACGUGCUCCGAGGAGCGAGAGGGCUAGAAUGAAGAAAGCACUUGAGAAGGCGGGGGUUUGGGCCCGGGCGGGCGUGAGGCAUCUGGUGAGUGCGGUGAAGGGGUUUCGCAUCUUGCAUCUUGCAUCUUGGGGUUUUCGAGGCCUCGCCAUGGGCGUAGAGGGUACCUAGGUACGCCGCAGA